AUGAGCGCGACACCAUCAGCAGUCCUCACAGACGCCCUCGCUGCUUUCGGCAGGGCAGCGACACUUGCGAUUACCACUGCCCAAGAACAAGCCACAGCAGAGACGCGUGAAGCGCGUCGAGAACGGGACGAGGCCAUCAAGGCACUCCACGACUGCAAACUUGAAGAACAGGCUUGGAAAGAAGAAGCAAACACGUGGAAAGCUGCGGCACGUCAAGCUGAGUUGACGAUCGAACAUCAUUUAGACACCAUUGCACAGCUGCGCCAAGAGGCGACACAAUGGAAAGAACAGUGUCUCCGUCUCGAAGAUAACUCUAGAGUCGAGGCAGUCAGCUGGAAGGAGCAAUUUCUCCGCGUAGAGCAGGAGCGAUCGAGGCUUGCCCAACGGGUGGAUGUUCUCGUCUCCGAACGUCUCUCCGUGCGUUCCUCUCCUUUCUUCUGCAAUUUGCGUUCCAAGUCAACUUUCACUGUCCGCCGUCUUCAGGCUAAACCUCAGUCAUUGGAUCCUACCGCGCAUGUCACUCCAAUUAUGAGGCAUUCAGAUGCCAAGGAUUUAUCAGCGUCCACGUCUGCUUCUGUCAAGCCAAAAGCACCUUCAAGCGCGUUGCAAACUCGGCAACCCCCUGGGUCCCUACCUACACCGACCUCUGAAAACCGGGCAAAUGCGCGUCUCACAGCCGGGCAGGCAACACAUUUCCGCGGACCAUCAGGUGGAGCAGGGGUACCAGACCGCCGGCCACUCCUCCUCAGACGUGUACAGGCUGUCGUCGAAGUUCCCGUCAAAGAAGAGAGCGUGGAUCGUGAUGUACGGAAAGGCAUUGCGCCCUCGGCGUCGACUUCUGCAUCUGCUUCGACUUCCAAGUUCGCGCCUGUACAGACUCCAGCGACGAAGGCGAACCAGGGGGUUACGCGCAUAAAGCGCAAGUCAGCACCACAACGUCUCUACGUAGAAGUGGAUGAAUCUGGGACCCCAUCAGAUGACAUGGAAACAGAUGCCGGUUCCGACGACGAUGAGUUGAUGAUGGGUGCCGAGCCCAACCUCGAAGAAAUCUCCGGCAUCAAACACAUACGAAAGCCACCAGCUUCAGCGAAGAAGCCCUCCACCCAACCACUGAAGGCCAAGAAGCGUAAAAUAGUGCCGGCGGCGGAGAACAAUGCAAGGCCGCGGAAAUGA